AUGCCGUACAAGUCACUAACAGACGCCAAAUUAAGGGAGCUUGAGAUGGAACUGGAAAACAUCAUGAGAAGUGCUGGAAUGCCUGUUGUAGGUAGGUAAAAUCAUCAUAACUUGCUAUGUUUCAUGUGAUUAUUCUGAAGUCUUGGUUUGUCACAUGAGAGGCACAAUAAAAACCUGCAUAAAAGAACCACUAUAUUUUUAUGCCAGACUACAGUAUGAAGUUGUUCUUUUGAUAACUUACUUGUAAUAUACAGUAUGUUGCACCUGCCUAUAUCAUUCUUUAGAACAUGCUUUCUACUUCAGUUCAAACAUCAAGGUUAAUAUUUUUAGGAACCAUUGCUCUUGAAAAAAUAAUGUAAAUACUUGUGUGUAAUGUUUCAAUACUCAUUUCUUCUACAACAGGUUUCACAACUGAUGGAGAGUUCAAUUCGUUGCGAACUGGUAGGGUUAACCGUCCUGUAUCGGUCAUUCAGCUGAUUAAAGAUGCAAAAAAUGAAGCACGUGCAAUGCCAGUUAAAAGUAUCACUGCCCUAUUUACAUUGGACGAGAAAGGUAGUUGUAUGCUUAUGAUAUGUUCCUAUAACAUUACAAUAUCAUUAUGCAUCCCAUGUUUAGGAGUGCACCGGAUAGUUUAUUUUUACUAUCCGGCCGUAUACUGGAUUUGCCAGGUAUCUCAAGAAAUAAUCAAAUUCAUUCUUUUUAUCUGCAUCAUAUAUUGACCAUAUUUGAAAUUAUUUGUGGAUUAUAUUAUAUUACAUUUUAUUACAUUACAAUUUGGGGUCGGCAACGAAGCUCUAGUAAGACAUUCUGUGAUAGGUUGAUUAUGACAAUGACAAUGACAAAAGAAUAAGCUAUAGAAUGGAUUUUCUAAAGAAUGAAGCAAUAACAAUAUUCUUUUUGUUUAUGUAAGCCAGUUACGUCUUUUGUCAUUGUCAUAAUCAACCAGUCACAGACUCACAGAACAUCUUCCUAGAGCUUCGUGUUAACUACAAUUUUGUCACCAGCCAGCUGGAUACCAUGUCCGGUGCACCCCUAUCCAUGUUAUUACAGUACAUUGUCUAAUACCAGAUUUUACUCAUUUGAAUGGACAAAUUUACUGGUCAAGAGGAAAUGAGCCACAGAUUAAUAAUUCCCUGGGGGUUAGGCUGGGGCCAAGCAUUGACCAACUAUUUGCUAAUUAAUGUAUUUUGAUAACUCAUUUAGCUGCAAUGCCCACCUUUCAUUUUUACUAUGCCUUUGCCUGCCUGGGGAUAAAUUAGAACACAUUUUAUGAAUAUGAAUUAUAUUACAAAAUCUGCUUUCUGACAUUUCUCUCUAUUUUGCUAGGACAACCAUUAUCUCGCAAUCCAGCUGUUCCUCUGGAAGAAGUGAUAUGGCUGAAUGAAUACAUGAAAGAUGGAAGAGAACCAGUCUCAUUUAAUCGGGCACUAUACAUUUUGAGGAGAAAGUUGUUUCCAUUUAUGCAUGAUCCACACCCUUGGGUAGAAGGUACAUAAUUUUAAUUUCAUAUCAAGUUUAGAAGUCCUUGGGCUGUCAAAUUAUUUGUUAUGGUUGUAUGUUAGUAAACUAUAUGUUUCCAUGUGAACUUUAUAGGAAGACCUGAAACAACUGGAGAAAUAUUAAAAUCAAUAUUGGCGAUAUUUCUCUACCGGAAAAGGAUAGAUGAUCUCAAGCAUCACGUUACUGAUCCAGCUGAUUUUAGCAAGAAUUUGUACCAGCCUGAGAAAGACAAAAAUGGAGAACGAAUCCAUCAUAGAGAAGACCACAAUCAUCUUCUGAAACGCAUUGUGUCACGUCUUCGUGGAGGUCAUAUCCCUGGCAUUGAUUUACAACAUUUCAGAGAUGCUUUGCAUGACCCCACAACAGGCUUAACAUAUGAGGCACUCACAGGAAAGAACAAGCAAUCAGUUCCAGACUGUGAGCGCCUUAUUAAUCCUGGGGUCAUUGCAUUUCUGGAACGGAAUGGCCAUGUCAAAGACGCCAAUGUUGUCAAACGUCUUCACAACUGGCACAAGGCAGUGGAUGGAAGAGGGCUUACAGAAGAAGAAAGGUCUUUGUACUGCAGAGCGAUGAAGGAGUGGUUGCUGGAUGAUUGGAUGCCAUGGUUUAGUUAUCAACCUGACUUCAGCACAAUUGAUGUGAAUCGGUAAGAUAUUUUGCUAUAAAAUACAAUAUGUCUCCUUUUGUGAUGAUGUUACAUAAUGCAACUACCAGAAUUAAAGGACCCAUUGUCUCCCUUUGAUGAGUAAAAAUAUAUAAAGGGUCAUAUUGCCUGUUAAUAAUUUGAAUAUAAUCAGCCUUGCUGAGUGUCUUGACCCUAUCAGGUUGUAUGAUGUGCAUGCAAAUCAGUCCUUUCUGAUUAUGAAAAAAUAUCAACAGCUGAUAUGAUCUUGACCAGGGAGCCAGGCUGGCAGGCUUUAAAUCAAUUUUAUCUCGGCAUUAAUUUGAAAUGAUUAAAUUGUAAAUGUAUAUAUGGUAAAUGUAUCUUCCUAUUGGUUGUGUCUGAAAGAACUAGAAAGCCUGGAAAUAUGUGUAAUUGCUGCCAGAAAAGUCAUAAUUCAAAGAAAUGGCAACAAAGUUAUGACACGAAGUUACACAGUUAUAUAUAAUUUUAGAUACUAUUUUUUAAAAAUGACUUUUUAAUGAAUUAUUGACAGGAAAAUAAAGGGAAUUUGUGGCUUGACCAAGGAGGCUGUAAUUGGUCUUGUUGCUAAUUUGGAGAGCAGGGAGCUUCGGCGCAUUGAGUAUGAAGAGAGAGGUCUCCCCCCUGAACACCCUCGUGCAUCUGCAACGGAUGAUGUUGAAGGUAUGAUUGGCCUAAUGCAUGAUAUGCUUGGAGACAUAUUUGAUAUGAAACAGUUUAGUGAUGCACAGCCAAAGAUUUUGAAUGAAUUUAGCAAGAGGAUAGAUCCUGAGUUACAGUUUUAUUACUGGACAGGAGCCAAGGAACGUUACACUGAGUUCGAGCUUCCAUCAUUUAAUGAGCCAUCUGGCAAUGGUGACAAGGAGAGGCUUGACGAUGUAAAACUGUCAAGACGUGGAGACCCAGGUGUAUUUGUUGCUAACCGGGCAUCCUUACCACAAAAGGGACAGCUCACUGCCAGAGCAAAAUUUCACAGGGAACCUGUGGCACUUCCACCCCCAUUAACACAAGAGACACCGGGCAAUUAA